CAUCUGUCUUCUGAGAUGACUUCUAGAAUGUGGACUUGUGUCAGAUCUUUCACCUCACUGAUGCGUCUUACCAUCUCAGACUCAUCUCUCAGUUUCCCUCCAUCACCUCCUGAGUUACCAUCCGUCGAGAAGCUAUCAGCUGUAAGAGUGACGUCACAGUGCUAUGAAGGUGUGAUCUCAUCGCUCCCUGGUGUGGAAGAUAUCGCUAUAACUAUGGAUGAUGCGGAGGAAGACAUUGCUCGUUACACCGCUGUUCUUCGUCAGAAAGCAGGGCAGAAACUUACAAGUAUCUCUCUUCAUUGUCCAUCAUCACUUUCACCAGAGAGGGGCCGUGUAUCGAGAGAGACAAUGAGAGGACUGGGUCUGUUUAUCAAAGAACAUACAAAGAACUUGGUGUUGCUCUACCUGGAAUGGGUGAGGUGUACAGACGAGGAUGACAUAGUUUACCUGAUUGAGUGCUGCAGACGUGUGAAGACAUUGCAAUACGUUUGGCUCUGGUUCUGCGGGACGAUGAAGAAUGGCAGGCUGCAUUCUCACCUCGCUCACCUUCACCGUGGAUAUUCCGAAGGGCUCGAUGUGGAUGUUAGACGUAGUUUGUCGGAGGAAUCCCAGUUUUCAGAAAGGUCGGAGUAUUGCCGUCUUGAGACGGUCUGGACAGACUUGCUGUGGCUAUCCUCUGACCAAGAUACUCCUUCCACCGACCAAGACACUAGCUACUGUCCUGUCUAG